UUGAGAGGGAAAUGGCUUUCAAAAAGAACAAAUGGCUAAAACCCGUUCGAAAUAAUUAACUUAUACUUUCUAUAUUGGUCCUCUCUAAAACUGUAUAAUUUCUACAGAGUUAAUGAAAAAAACAAAAAACGAAAAUUGCAGAGUCACGCAGGAUGGUGGGCAAUUCAAUCCAAAUCCAUGUAUCCGCAGGAAAUUCUUCAUAGCAUAUAAAAAUCAAUCAAAACGAGAAGUACAGAGGAGGAAUAAAAAUAUAUUUUUUCCUCUAUCUCCUUAUUUUUACAAGCAAUACUGUCGAGGCGUGUUACAAAUAGUCAAUUGCAAAACAAACAUUAUUGCUCAACGGCAAGAAAACUUUCUCAACAGCCAAUUGGCGCAGAACGACAGAAGGUGACAGAAACACUUGAAAGAAGGUCGUACGCUGUCUGAGCAGUGCAUUAGCAGAUAUCACUCAUAGUUGAAAGCAUAACAACAUAAGAUACAGACUGAAAUGGGCGUUCCUCGAUUAUUUACCUGCUUACAAAAGCCAGAAAAUGCUUCGAAGCUCAAGGAUCGCACUCCGCUGCGCCAAAGAAUCUCAUACUCCACGGGCCAUAUCUUCAACGACUUGUGCUCCGCUGUUUGGUUCACUUACUUCAUCGUAUACUUCAACAAAGUUGUCGGACUUUCCACCACGGACACUGGACUUCUCUUCCUCAUCGCUCAAGGCGCCGAUGCUAUUCUUACGCCGUUUAUGGGCAUCGGCUGCGAUCGAAUCGUCAUUAAACGCUUCGCGCCUUACGGUAAGAGAAAGACUUGGCAUUUGUUUGGCACGAUUUUCGUGGCAGUCGCGUGGCCGUUCAUCUUCAGUCCUUGCUUUGCAUGCGCAGAAGAUAGCCCCAAAUGGCUCCCACUUCUUUAUUACUCGGUUACAGUGGUAAUUUUCCACGUCGGUUGGGCAGGAGUGCAAAUCGCGCAUCUUUCACUCAUUCCAGAGAUCGCCAGACGACCCGGUGAAAUUGUUGAGUUGAACGCUGUCAGAUCUGGUUUAACUUUUGUAUGCGGCAUCUUCAUCUACGUGGUAACAUGGAUCCUGCUAGGACAAGCGAGCGAAGAAGGCAUCAGCCCUAACUUAGCCAAAGAAUUCACGCAUCUCAGCUUAAUUGUUGUAGCGAUUGGAUUUCUGUUUUCUAUCGUGUUUCACUGGGGAACAAUAGAACCAGCUACUUCAACAACUGGCGAAAGGAAGGAACUCACAGAAGAACCGCUGGACGAACAUUCAUCUGAUCAAAGCCUCUGUGUGGAGAUUGUGGAGAGAGACGCCCCUUCACACAAACCCAAAACAUGGCGGCAGUGGUUCAAAGAUCCUCAAUUUUACGCGAUGGGCGUCGUUUACACCUGCAGUCGUAUCACAGUGAAUGUUUCCCAAUCCUAUUUUCCGUUCUACUUGACGGAGACGCUUCACUUUCAGAAAGAGGCCAUCGCAUAUUUUCCUCUGGUAAUCCUGGUUACUGGUGCCAUUUCAAGUGUUCUUGUAAAGAGAAUCAGCAAAAGCCUGGGUACCAAGUGGACCUUCUGUUUAGCCUGCGCAAUCGUUCUUGGCGCAUGUGCUUGGUUUUAUCUUCAGACAAUCUCGGGCCGAGAGGGGGUGUACGCGGCGGCGUUCAUUUUGGGCUGCGGAAAUUCUGUCAUGCUUGUGACUGUGCUGUCUAUGACCGCUGACAUGAUUGGAAUCGAUAAGGCCUCUGGAGGCUUUGUUUACUCAGUAAUGGGUUUCUUGGACAAAGGAUUCGUGGGUGCGGUGGUGCUUGUGAUUCAGACAUUUUAUCCUGACAGUCCUGAUGGGGUGAUAUGUGAACAAUGUGGCAGUUAUGUGCGCCUUGUAUUUACCUUGACGCCGGGAAUAUCAGCUGUUAUUUCCUUGGUAAUCGUUGGUCUUUGUUUCAAGUCAAAACUUGUCUUGUCCUGUCGGCCAAGAAUUGAAAAAGCAGAUCAGAGCACGCAAACAAUACCCGUGGAAUGUCUUGCAGACCUUUACGCAAAGAUCGCUGAACUUCCUAGUUCUAACGUUUGAAUGGGAAGUGGUCGAUGGGAGGCGCAACAAUGCUGCACUGCCGUAGGGUUGGCUAAAAAAAUAACGAUGCAGUGAAAAUGAUGGUUUGAAGGUCCUAAUCUCAAAUUUGUUGAUGAUGUUAUGCAAUCAAUUGCAAGAAGCUGAAAUGAAGAUACAGACAAAGAUCAAGAUUGAGUUUUCGUAUCUUAAGGGCCACGCUACAAAGAAAAAAUUGGAGUUUUAAAUUAACUUCCUUUUUAAAAAAUGUUUGGUUAUAUAGACAAAGAAACGCUAUUUAGAUGAUGCGAGAUUUCAUUUAUUUAUGUUGAACACGCAAGUAGUGGUAUUUAGUGUAAACCUAAGAUAAAGCUUUUCUAUAAGUUAUAUUAUUGUUUAAAGCUAUCAAAAGUUGAGACCAUCGCCUUCUUUUCACCAGAUAAUUUAUAUCACAUUCCAUUCACCACUGUAGCAGGCCAAGGGCUGAACUUAGGAGGCUGAGGAGGGAGUAAGAUGCUGUUACUGAAGUUGUACGAGGGAGGGGGGGAAGUCUCACGCGCUCCAUACCCUGCCAGUUUGCUUCCCUCGCGUUUGUUAGAUGCCUAAUAAGCAAACAAGCGAAAGGAUGAAAUUUUGGUUAAAAUAUUGACCCUAGAGUGACAUUUUGAGAACCAUGUAGUCUGCAUCAUCCUUUGUUAAAUUCCAAUAUAACCCUGCAAUAUGUCGCAUUUGAGAGCGCAUGAUAGCUAUAAAAGAAAAUUUGGGGAGUCCACGAAUCUCCUUCUGUUAUACAGGGAUCGAAAGUUGUCAGCACGUGCACCUUCCACGUGCGCACCUUGCAUAACAUCCGUCAAGACAUUCAUAACCAUAAUAACAUCAGGCAAACUCCUUAAUAACAUUAGUGAAAAUAUUUGGAAUGUUACCUAAAAAAGCAUGAUGUAUCCCAGAACUUUGUGACAGCUAAAAGCUUACGUGUUUUUCCGAAAAAAAAGGGGGGGCCUCACGCAAGCUUUCCAUGAAUUAUUUCCGUUAUCUCAGCUACACAUAUCCUAAAAACCUUUUGAUUUUUCUUUAAAAAUUUCGUUUGGAAGCAUCCCUUAUCACGGUCGGAAAUGAGACCAACAGGUCCGCUGUGUACCGAAACUUCACUGUUUACUUUUUGAAUUUGAUCACUCUCACCCUCACGCGCUAGUCAUAAUACGAUCCUAUGGUUCUCAAUGUCCAAAUUAUCUGUAAUUUUAUCCCAAAAAUCAACCGAAAUAAUUAUAAUCUCGGACCUCACCUACACAAAGUGCCCCCAAAGCGGAAUAUUUAUCUAUUCUGUAGGUUCUCCUUGCGCAUAUAGAUGUGACAAAAUUAUGAUGAGUUUUAUGGCUACCACUGACAGUGCUGAACAAGUUUUAGUUUAUCAGCCCUAAACGUUCCCUGUGAAUGAAAAUAUAGAUACGUGUGUUGAAUUAAAAAUAUGUUGUUACUGCAUAAAUUUA